AUGAGCUCAAUCUCCAAUACGACUUGCUUAGGGUCCAGGAGCCGCAGCGGCAGUAGCUGGCUUCGCCCUGGCCUUUUUUGCGCUGUCUGCCCUGCUGCUACUCUCCUGGUGACCAGCCUUCCUUUACAAAAAUGCUACAGCGACGGCAGUUCCCCUGAUCUUCCGGCCCUUGAAAACACUGGCGCUCAGGUCGAGCUUCACACGCAGACGUCCUUGAAGCUGAACUUGCCCGAUGCUUCCCAUGCAACAAGCCAAGAAAUCCUGGGAGAGCCGAAGGGCGUCAGGGAUGGUCAGAAGUUUCUCCUGGACCCGUUUUGGCUGCGCGAACGAAGCCAGGAAGCCGGAGCGGUGGACCAGAUUACCUUGCAGCCGUUGCUGAACCCGCACGAGUUGCCGGCGGAGAUGUCCUUCAAGAACGUGUCUUACAGUGAGAACAACAACACCAUCAAGGUGGCUUUCACGGACGGGCACACCUCCCAGUACAAGCUGGAAAAGCUCGUUGGGGAGCUCACAAACUUCAGGCAGCAUGCCGUCCAGCCCACGAGCUACCACAAGCCGGCAGUAAGGACUUGGUCCGGCGAUCACAAGCUGGCCGUCUUCGACUACUCGGCAGUGGCGAAUCAGGAGGCGUCAAAGCUGGCGCUCAUUGAGGCCCUGCUGACGAGCGGCACGGCUCUGAUCCGCAAAGCACCGCGCGAGAGUGGCACCGUCAUAAACUUUGCUCGGAUGAUCAGCACUCUGCGAGAGACGGAGUGGGGCCCAUGGUUCAACGUGCGCACGAAGCCAGAUGCCAGCCAAGUCGGCGGUUCAGUGAAGCGGGACCUCGCGUACACACCCCGUGCCAUCGGCUUCCACACGGACAACCCGUAUCGUAGUCCGACACCCGACUUCCAGCUCCUGCACGCUGUGGAGCACUGCUUCUGCAAGGACAAGGUGCCUUGUCCAGAGUGUUCGGUUAUUAACUACCUUGUGGACGGCUUUCACAUUGCCGAGCUCCUGAAGAAAGAAAGCCGCGAAGACUUUGACAUGCUCAGCCAAGUCCCGGUCCGUUUCGAGAACAAUGGAGGUGACGGCACGUCUGCCCUGAUCCACAUCACCCCUCACCUGGAGUUGGAGCAUCCGAGCCCAUCUGGCGAAGCUGCGCUGAAGUCCGUGGCCUUCUCUGCAAAGAGCGGCCAGCAGCUUGCCAUGAGAAGCCACUGCUUUGCUACUGUUGAGCGACCGGUAUUCUGA